AAUUGCAGUCCAUUUGGACGUUUUGGUAGGUGGACCACCAAUCCAGUGAGCCCAUGUUUAUGGGUAGUCGCAAAGUGGCAAGAAAGUGAGAGGCAGAGAGGUGAGGGCCAAUGGAUAUCAUCCCCUGCCCUCUAAACACACUAUGCGUAGGACUUCCUCGUACCCUAAGAAUUGGUUGGCAGCAACCCACCUUCCACCCUUCAUUCCUCCUCCAUUUCUCUCCUCCUCUCAAUAUCCUUAACAAUUUCUACCUUCAAAGCCCUAAAAAGCACAUUAGACCAGGAAGAAUCACCAUGGAUAUGUCCAUUCGUUCUUCAUCUUCACCCACUGUUACAGAUACACCACGUAGUGAAGGUUUAGAGGCAUCUCCUUCAGGCUUUGUUGGGGAAAAGGAUAUGCUAAUUGUUGGGCCAGGCGUUCUUGGUCGGAUUGUGGCAGAAAAAUGGAGACAGGAAAAUCCAGGUUGCAAAAUUUAUGGGCAGACAAUGACUUUGAAUCAUCAUGAAGAGUUACUCAAACUUGGGAUCCAUCCAUGUUUGAAGGGUUCACAAGUCUCUAGUCAGUUUCCUUAUGUUAUCUUUUGCGCACCACCUGGGCCAAAUGUUGACUACCCUGGUGAAGUAAGAUUGGCUACAUCAUACUGGAAUGGGAAAGGUGCAUUCUUAUUCACAUCGAGCUCGUCUCCUUAUGCUUGUGAUGACAAUGGAUUUUGCAAUGAGGACUCCCCGGUUGUGCCGAUUGGAAGGAGCCCUGGGACAGAUGUUCUUUUGAAAGCAGAAAGUGCUGUAUUGGAGGCUGGCGGAUGUGUUCUUAGAUUGGCUGGGCUUUAUAAAUCAGAUAGAGGUGCACACAUAUACUGGUUGAAGAAAGGCACGGUUGAGACUCGCCCGGAUUACGUGCUUAACCUAAUUCACUAUGAGGAUGCAGCAUCCCUCUCGGUUGCAAUUUUGAAGAAGAAGCUGAGGGGACGGAUCUUCUUGGGCUGCGACAGUCACCCUCUAUCUAGUCAAGAAUUAAUGGACUAUGUAAACAAAAGUGGGAAGUUCAGCAAAAAGUUCUUGGGUUUUGUUGGAACCGAUGGUCCUUUAGGCAAGAGGUUGGAUAACUCGAAGACUCGUGCUGAGCUCGGGUGGCAGCCAAAAUAUGAAAGCUUUGCAAAGUUCCUUGGACUGUCAGAAUAGGCAUGGCGUCAUGAAUGAUUAGGGAGUUGGUAUUGAGUACUGCAGCCGUGUUGUGUGGUUUGCCAAACCCUAUGGAAAAUAGCCACCUUACGCACUUGGAAAUAUUUCAAGCCUUAAAUAUUUAAGAAUGACGUCGGUGGUCCCUAUCAACUCUUUCUUCCAUAUUUACAUUGGAUGUUAGUUUUGCUAAUAUUCUGUGUUAGCAAACAAAACACACACACAUUCUUUCUCUCUUUCUUAAACAUGGGGAUUUGCUGCUGCCCUGAGGAGGAGGAGCCUAAUGUUAUGGGGUUUAUGGUUGUGGUGGUGAUUGCGUUGGUGCUGAUGGCAAUCUGCUGGCCGCCUCCUCGACGAUAUGUUGUUGUUGCCUGCCGUUCUCUUUGAUCCUUCGUUUUUACAGGUUUGUCAAAUAAUUUGCUACAAUGAAUGAUGAUUUCUAUAGAUAAUUGUAGCAACAAAGCCUUCGAUCUGAAUAAAUUUUGUAGCUGAUUGGUGGCAUCGAGAUGAAUGAUUGUAGUUUCAAGGGAUGUCAUCUCUAUGUCUCUGUUACUUCUUUGGGAAUGUUUCUCGGGAAUAAAUGGUAAAUGAUCGUGAUUUACAUCAACUUA